CUGUUGUCAAUAUUCGUGGUGAUUUCAAUCGGUUUUAUCAAUCUGCGGCUCCUCAUCUCAAGCAUCUGGAAAGAUUAUUCCGUGAAGUUAUUCGUUAAAUUGUUUAUCAUUGCGAUAGUUUUCAGUUGUGAUUGUUUCCAGUGUUAAGUUGUUAGCUUAUCGUUGAAUAGUACAGUGGUGCGCUCGCUGUAGUUUUCGUGUGAUAAAAUUUUGUGCAGGAAGAAGAGAAUCCCUGAUAAGGACAAUUAAAUUAGGAUCUCUAUAAAAGCGAAAUAUUUAUUACUUCUGCUAAGCUUUUAAGUGUGCUGUACCUAAUUUCUUUUGAAAAAUGUCGGAUGAAUGGGAAGUAGUCAGUGGCAAACAAAAGAAGCCCCGUAAGACCGGAGGUGAAAAGAACAAGGCGACAUCGAAAGCCGGUGCUUCUCAAAUAGAGGAUGCGGAUACGAUGGACCAAAUCCGUUCACUGUACGCCAAUGUGAAGGACGAAUUUCUCAUGAUGGGCAACAAGGAAAACAAGAACAAUCAGAAUAUGGCCAAUGGUUCGAAAUCUCAGGCGGGGGAUCAGAAGAGAUCUCCCGGUAGGACGGCCUCGGGAACGCAGCAAGCUCAACAGCAGAAUCAAAACAAGGGAAAACAGAAACAGGAGGCAGAUAAAAAGCAACAGCAAGUUCGACCUCGCUUUAAGGAUCUAGAUGCUGCUCUAAGGGCCAUUGCCGUUAGCGAUCUUCGAGCACAAUUAUGGGCGGUGUCUGAAAACUUCCGCGACAAUCAUUUGAUGACCCUUAAAGCCUUAACUGGAUUCCUGAACGAGAGUCUACGCGUGGAUACCAGUGCCGAUCCGAUUUUUUCGGAGGAAUCUCGGUCGUACCCAUACUGCGUCAUUCCGCAAGAACUGCAAUCGCUCAUUGAUGAGGUGAUCGAUAAAGCAGGAGAGCAGAACGUUCAAUACUUCUACGAUCUCACGUUAUCCAAUCUAGCUGGGGACAUGAACAAAAACCUCCCGCAUCAAGGCCACAAGCUAAUUCUGCAGGCCAUGGCCAUCAGGGUACCACAGAUUUGUGUUAACAAUUUGGCCCGAAAUGCGAUCCUCCGAAAUUCGUUCCAGAACAGAAGCAAUAUCGGCCUAACGCUGCUAUGGGCUCUGGGUCAAGGGGGCUUCCAGGACCCCACCGUUGGCCUUAAAGUCUGGCAAGACAUCAUGGUGCCAGUGAUUGAGCUUAAAACCUACAGCAAAUACGUCACCGAAUACAUCCAUCAGAUACUGACGAAACAUCCAUCGGUCAAAUUGGAAGUCUCCUCCAGCGAUUUCUUAACGAUUUUGAGUUCCCUUACUACUCAAACGAAAUCUACCCAGGACUCUGCCGUGCUCCUGGAUGACGCUUCCAAGCUACUGGUUGAGCGAUACGUGUCCAGUGCCCCCAAAACCAGUAGCACGUUUACAACCCUGUUCAAAAACACUCAAUUUAUUUCGAAACCGGAACCGAUAUACCUGGGUUUGAUCCUGUGCCUGAACGAGGAACCCGAAUGUUAUACAGCUUGGCAUCAUUUGUACAAGAAAAAUUUACAACAAUCGGCGACGCUGCUGAGUUUUAUCGAAAGUUCGACGUUGGAACCAGUGUUGACGCUGCUCGAGGACCGUCUGUUUCAUGAAUUCUUGGAAGAACUUCAAGAAACCAAUGAGGAACUGUCUCAGAGCAAGAAGAAAGUGGAGGGACUCAAAAUGUGCACCGCUGUCUUGCAGCAAGUACAGGAGAAGGUGUCCACAAAGAAGAACAAAUCUCCCAAAGCCAGCAGCAAAUCGCCCUCCCGAGGACCGGUCGCCCUGUGCUGUAGCUUCCUGCUGGCCACAUUCCUGCUGUUCGGCAUCACCGGGGGCCUAAUCGGAUUCGACACCUACCGGGCGGGUGGCAAGUUCGAAAACUCUCACACCGGUCAGCUGCUGAAGCAGGCGGGCCUGCUUCCAGCUGUCCAGGAUGGGUGGACCUGUACCCUGAAGUACAGCGCCCGGGGCUACAAGUGGGCCGAGGAGCACGUACCGGUCUACUACCAGAGCACGUCGAAAGCCGUUGGACCAUACGUCGAAUUUUCGAUAGACUUCAGCAAAAUUCUUUGGAAUGGUGCCAAGAAGGGCUUCGGCAAUGCAAAACUGCUGGUCGAGCAAAAAACUCCAGUCGUUGCUGAGUUUGUUGAACAGUACGCACCAGGGCUGCCGAAGAAGGUAGGAGACUUUACCUGUUGGUCGUGGACGACGGUCAGCAACUUCUGGGUCAACACCUAUAAUCAGAGCUGUGAAUUCUUCAAAACAAAGGUGUUUGUUGGUCAGUUAUCACCCGAAAACUUGGGGAAAGCCUUCAACAGUACCCAAGUGGCUGCUGCUCAGUACUAUAGCUGGUUCCACGAUCAGGUCGAUUUCUACGCUAAGGCCAAGUAAAGCCCCCGAUCAGCUUGGAGAGGCCCCGUCCCCUAACCGGCGGCAACCGUUGUUCCGGCGAACGGGUGGACUUCAAACCUUCAAAACCUGUGCGAUGAUUGAAGAGUGCUAGAGAGGUGUGCGUACUUUUCGUGGUGUGUUAGGAAAUAAAGCAAAAAAAAAAGUGGAGCUAUGCAAUUUAUAUACCCUGAUUAUACUUGGAAAAGAUAGGGAAAACAACACGCAACAACAAGAACAACAAUUAAAAAUGAGCGAUAAAGAUUUUAAACAACCGGAAGUACUAACGUGUUGAGUAUGGAAAAUUGAAAAAGGAAAAAAAAAUCAGCAGAAGUAUGUAAAACCAGUAGGAAGAAACUUUAGAAAGACUGCAACGGUGGCCGGUAUUUUUUUCCGGUUGGAAGUCCCCUAUGGGGAGUUGAGAUUGAGACGAACAGACCCGGAAUAUAAAGCUGAACAUCUCUUUUCGGGGAAUUUUUGCGAGCUCUCUCUAUCCCUUUCACGAUGUGUUUGAAAUUAGUGAACAGCACACUUAUGAGUAGCUGUUAAAAUUGGUGUAUGAGUACGUGUGUACAGAGUGGCGAAUUUACAGCGCUACCCGUAUUUAAAAUCAUUAAUUAUUUGGAGAAAAAUCGUCCUCAUCCCGAAUGAAAAUGAUUUAUUAACUAACUGAUUUGGUGCGUUUUCAAAAACCAAAAAAUUCAAUUUUUGGAAAAGUUCAGUUUUCAGCUGAAUGAUUUCAACUGAAUUAGACUGGAUUAGUAAAUUAUAGCGUCAACUAAACAGAAAACUUUCCUGUAGGAUUUAAGUUUAAAAGUUUCAUAAAGUCUCCAAACUAAAUAAAUUGUUGUUAUUUCUGUUUAUGUAAUUUGAUACUCAUUUUCUGGGAACAUUAUGUCAUUUCGAUAAUUAUUCGUUGAUUCGUAAAAAAAUACUUUCACUGAUGAGAGUUAAGUUCGACCCUUGACUUAAGUCAGCGUAAGUAAGGAUUGAUUUUUUUUUAACUAAAAGAACGUAACCAAUAGUCUUGCAAUUAACGACUUUGUUUUGUUUUUGAAGUAUCCACCUACACACUACACUCAAAAAUUCCCUCGUUUAGAUACCUUUAAUAGCAGAACGAAGCGAACAACGGAAAUUGUGUAAAAGUUCACGUAGAACUUGUAAUUUUUUUUAAACACUAAACUAAUUUAAUAAUUAUUUUUCAUUGAUUAAUAACUAAGAAGGGGUUCCGAACACUGUUUGAGUAUAUGAGAUAAAAACAAAAGUGAAAACUAAUGGUAAAUAGAAAGUAUAAUAAAAGAUCUUAAAUUAAUUUUUCUGUUGUGAAA